UCGGCGAUUCGGCGCUGCGGCUGCUGCCGGCGGCCUGGGCCGCGGUGCUGGCAGGAGCGGGCGAUCCUCGCUCGCCGUGCAGUGCGCCGGCUGUCCGGGAGAUGGCUUCUCCCCGCUCGCCCGCCGCUCGCGCUAUUGUCUCACCCGGGGCCGCCUGACUGACUGCGAGCUCGUGCACGCUCCCCGCAGACAGCACCGGGCCCCGGACCGACCCCCCACACCCGUCGAUUGCCCGUGCGUCCCCUGCAGCGGGGAUCCCAGAGUCGGCGCGGGGCGGGCGAGGGGAGCGGGCGGUACUGCACCUCACGCGGGGAACGGAGCCUCCUGGAGCCACAGAGCGAGCCGGGGCGUGGGAGCCCAAGUCGCCCAACCACGACAGUCAGGGUGUCGCGGCGGAACCCGCGGCCAGCGCAGGUCCCAAGACAACAUGUACCAGCCAUACAGGCCUGACACUGGCAGGAAGUAGAAGGCUUCGUUGUCUCUUGUGCCCGCACCCUCAUCAUGUCUUCUACUCAGGGCAAUGGGGAACACUGGAAGUCCCUGGAGUCCGUGGGCAUCAGCCGCAAAGAACUGGCUAUGGCUGAAGCCCUGCAGAUGGAGUACGAUGCUCUUUCUCGGCUCCGCCAUCACAAGGAGGAGAGCAGGGCUAAGCAGAACACAGAGCCCUCUCUUAUCAGCUGGGAUGAGCCCGCUUUGGACUUCUACAGCAAGCCAGCAGGCAGGCGGACAGACCUCAAGCUCUUGCGUGGUCUUUCUGGCUCUGACCCUACCCUGAAUUACAACUCCAUUGCCCCACAAGAAGAACCUCCCAACUCUACCUCCCAAGAUCCCCAGCCUGGCCCAGAUCCCUGGCCCAAGGGCUCCCUACCUGGAGACUAUCUCUAUAUUUUUGAUGGCUCAGAUGGGAGUCUCUCUUUGUCUUCAGAAUCAGGCGACACAGGUGGCUCAAGCAAGAAACUAUCCCCACCUCCUCUGCCUCCUCGAGUCUCUCUCUGGGAUGCCCCUCCCUUGCCUCCCAGAAAGGGGUCCCCCUCACCCUCCAAGAUUGCUCAGUCCACUGACAUCAACAGUUUUGCUUUGGUGGAACAGCCACCUGACAAACUGUUAGGACCCCAGGACGCAGAAGAGGAAGAGCUACCUGAUGGUGGGGGACAGCGACACAGGCUGGGCUCUGUGGACUAUGAUGGCAUCAAUGAUGCAAUCACAAGGCUCAACUUGAAGUCAACGUAUGACUCAGAGAUAUUGUCUGAUGCUACCAGGGGCUGGAAGGAGGGCCGGGGGCCCCUGGACUUCAACAAAGACACCUCUGGAAAACCCGUGGCUCGGAGCAAGACAAUGCCCCCUCAGGUGCCGCCCCGAACCUAUACUUCCCGAUAUGCCAACCGAAAAAAUGCGACACCUGGCAAGAACCGCCGGAUUUCUGCUGCUCCGGUGGGCUCCCGGCCCCACACCACCGCCAAUGGCCACGAACUGUUUGAGGUCUCAGAGGAGAGAGAUGAGGAAGUUGCUGCGUUUUGCCACAUGCUGGAUAUCCUUCGGACAGGCUCUGAUAUCCAGGACUAUUCCCUAACUGGAUAUGUCUGGAGCACUGUCACCCCGAGUCCAGAGCAUCUUGGGGAUGAGGUCAACCUGAAGGUGACUGUGUUGUGCGAGAGUCUUCGGGAGCCGCUCACUUUUACCUGCAACUGUUCCUCCACUGUGGACUUGCUCAUCUACCAGACCCUCUGCUACACCCAUGAUGAACUGAGGGAAGUGGACGUGGGGGACUUUGUGCUCAAGCCCUGCGGGCUGGAGGAGUUCCUGCAAAAUAAGCAUGCCUUGGGCAGCCAUGAAUAUAUCCAAUAUUGCCGCAAGUUUGACAUCAACAUCCGACUGCAGCUGAUGGAGCAGAAGGCCAUGCGGAGUGACCUGGCCCGGACGGUGAACGACGAUCAGAGCCCUUCCACCUUGAACUACCUCAUCCAUCUCCAAGAGAGGCCAGUCAAGCAGACCAUCAGCAGGCAGGCCUUGAGUCUUCUGUUUGACACGUACCACAACGAGGUGGACGCCUUCCUGCUGGCUGAUGGGGAUUUCCCACUGAAGGCGGACAGGGUAGUCCAGUCUGUCAAGGCCAUCUGCAAUGCCCUGGCCGCCGUGGAGACUCCUGAGAUCACCAGCGCUCUCAACCAGCUGCCUCCCUGCCCCUCACGCAUGCAGCCAAAGAUCCAGAAGGAUCCCAGCGUGCUGGCUGUGAGGGAAAACCGAGAGAAGGUGGUAGAAGCCUUGACAGCAGCCAUCUUGGACUUGGUGGAGCUGUACUGCAAUACAUUCAAUGCAGACUUCCAGACCGCCGUGCCCGGGAGUCGGAAGCAUGAUUUGGUUCAAGAGGCCUGUCAUUUCCCUGGGGCCCUGGCCUUCACUGUCUAUGCUACUCAUCGCAUUCCCAUCAUCUGGGCCACCAGCUAUGAAGAGUUCUACCUCUCCUGUUCCCUCAGCCAUGGAGGCAAGGAACUGUGCAGCCCCCUGCAGACCCGACGGGCUCACUUCUCCAAGUACCUGUUCCAUCUCAUCAUCUGGGACCAGCAGAUCUGUUUUCCAGUGCAGGUGAACAGGCUGCCUCGGGAGACCCUGCUGUGUGCCACACUCUAUGCCUUGCCCAUCCCCCCUCCUGGGAGUUCCUCGGAAGCCAAUAAGCAGAGGCGGGUGCCCGAAGCCCUGGGCUGGGUCACUACCCCUCUCUUCAACUUCAGGCAAGUCUUGACCUGUGGCCGGAAGCUUCUGGGCUUGUGGCCAGCAACACAGGAAAACUCCAGUGCCCGUUGGAGUGCACCUAAUUUCCACCAGCCAGACAGUGUCAUCCUGCAGAUUGACUUCCCCACCUCGGCCUUUGAUAUCAAGUUCACCAGCCCCCCUGGAGACAAAUUCAGCCCCCGCUAUGAGUUUGGCAGCCUCCGGGAGGAGGACCAACGCAAGCUUAAAGACAUCACGCAGAAGGAGUCCCUAUACUGGCUCACGGAUGCUGACAGAAAGCACCUGUGGGAAAAGCGCUAUUACUGCCACUCUGAGGUAAGCUCACUGCCCCUGGUGCUCGCCAGUGCACCCAGCUGGGAGUGGGCUUGCCUGCCCGACAUCUAUGCUCUCCUGAAGCAGUGGCCACACAUGAACCACCAGGAUGCCCUGGGGCUCCUGCAUGCCACCUUUCCCGACCAGGAGGUGAGGCGGAUGGCGGUGCAGUGGAUCGGCUCCCUCUCAGAUGCGGAGCUGCUGGACUACCUGCCCCAGCUGGUACAGGCCCUGAAGUAUGAGUGCUACCUGGACAGCCCCUUGGUGCGCUUUCUCCUGAAGCGAGCCAUCUCUGACCUGAGAGUGACCCACUACUUCUUCUGGUUACUGAAGGAUAGCCUCAAGGACUCUCAGUUCAGCAUCCGCUACCAGUACCUGCUGGCAGCCUUGCUGUGCUGCUGUGGCAAGGGACUGAGGGAGGAGUUUAACCGCCAGUGCUGGCUUGUCAAUACCCUGGCCAAACUGGCCCAGCAGGUCCGAGAGGCCACCCCAUCUGCGCGCCAGGGCAUCCUUCGCACGGGCUUGGAGGAGGUGAAGCAGUUCUUUGCCCUCAACGGUUCGUGCCGCCUGCCGCUAAGCCCCAGUCUACUGGUGAAGGGCAUUGUGCCCAGGGACUGUUCCUACUUCAAUUCUAACGCGGUCCCCCUCAAGCUUGCCUUCCAAAAUGUGGAUCCCCUGGGUGAGAACAUCCGUGUCAUUUUCAAGUGCGGGGAUGACCUUCGCCAGGACAUGCUCACCCUGCAGAUGAUCCGCAUCAUGAGCAAGAUCUGGGUGCAGGAGGGGCUGGAUAUGCGCAUGGUCAUUUUCCGCUGCUUCUCCACUGGCCGAGGGAGAGGGAUGGUGGAGAUGAUACCCAAUGCUGAGACGCUGCGCAAGAUCCAGGUGGAACAUGGGGUGACCGGCUCCUUCAAGGACCGUCCUCUGGCCGACUGGCUGCAGAAACACAACCCCGGGGAGGACGAAUAUGAAAAGGCUGUGGAGAACUUCAUCUACUCCUGCGCUGGCUGCUGUGUGGCUACAUACAUCUUGGGCAUCUGUGAUAGACACAAUGACAACAUCAUGCUGAAGACCACCGGGCACAUGUUCCACAUAGAUUUCGGCCGCUUCCUGGGCCACGCGCAGAUGUUUGGCAAUAUCAAGAGGGACCGUGCCCCCUUUGUGUUCACCUCGGACAUGGCAUACGUCAUCAACGGGGGUGACAAGCCUUCCAGCCGCUUCCAUGAUUUUGUUGACCUUUGCUGCCAAGCCUACAACCUCAUUCGCAAGCACACCCACCUCUUCCUCAACCUUCUGGGCCUGAUGCUGUCCUGUGGAAUCCCCGAGCUCUCCGACCUGGAGGACCUCAAGUAUGUGUAUGAUGCCCUGAGGCCUCAGGACUCAGAGGCCAAUGCCACCACCUACUUCACAAGAUUGAUUGAGUCCAGUCUGGGUAGCGUCGCCACGAAACUCAACUUUUUCAUUCACAACCUGGCUCAGAUGAAAUUCACAGGCUCAGAUGACCGGCUAACCCUUUCCUUUGCACCCCGAACACACACUCUCAAGAGCUCUGGGCGCAUCACUGAUGUCUUCCUCUGCCGUCACGAGAAGAUCUUCCACCCCAGCAAGGGCUAUAUUUAUGUGGUGAAGGUGAUGCGGGAGAACGCUCAUGAGGCAACGUACAUCCAGAGGACGUUUGAAGAGUUCCAGGAACUGCACAACAAGCUGCGCCUGCUCUUCCCAUCUUCUCUCCUGCCCAGCUUCCCUAGUCGCUUUGUGAUUGGCCGCUCCCGGGGAGAGGCAGUGGCCGAGCGGCGGAGGGAGGAGCUAAAUGGCUACAUUUGGCACUUGAUUCAUGCAGCCCCGGAGGUGGCUGAGUGUGAUCUGGUAUAUACCUUCUUCCACCCCCUGCCCCGGGAUGAGAAGGCUUCAGGCCCCAGCUCAGUUCCAAAGUCCUCAGAUGGGACUUGGGCCCGGCCCGUUGGGAAGGUCGGUGGGGAGGUGAAGCUGUCCAUCUCCUAUAAGAACAACAAACUCUUCAUCAUGGUGAUGCAUAUUCGGGGCUUGCAGCCGCUCCAGGAUGGGAACGACCCUGACCCCUAUGUAAAGAUUUACCUCCUUCCUGACCCUCAGAAGACCACAAAGAGGAAAACCAAAGUGGCUCGGAAAACCUGCAACCCUACCUACAAUGAGAUGUUGGUGUAUGAUGGGAUCCCCAAGGGAGACCUACAGCAGCGGGAGCUCCAGCUGAGCGUGCUAAGUGAGCAAGGAUUUUGGGAGAACGUGCUCCUUGGGGAGGUGCACAUUCGCCUUCGGGAGCUGGACCUGGCCCAGGAGAAGACUGGCUGGUUCGCACUGGGAUCUCGAGGUCAUGGAACUUUAUGAGCCCAGUCAUGGCCCAGGCCUGCAGCUGCUGCCCAGAGCUGGGGGAGAAUGACUCCCCUGCCUGGCCUGACUCCUUUGCUAGGAAGGGGUGCAGCCCUCGGUGGCCUUCCCCAUGGUCCAGGUGGACCUGACCUCAGUGAGGGGCUGGGAGAGUCCGGCGCUCUGCGUUGCCCCUUCCUCGGCGGACUGCACUUGGGUUGGUUGUGGGGAACGGGCCCUCGGAAGCUGUGGGUCGCAGCAGAGUCUUAAGUUUACCUUGUGUCAAGGGAGCAAUGCCUGCUUUGGGGUGUGUGGAGCGCGAGCUAUAUGAAGUAGCACUUGGGGGAGGGUGGGUGGAUAUUUUAUUUUAAUUUUUAAAAAAUGAAAUAGUAAUGUUGUCCUAGCUGGGACAGGAAGCCUUGAGAGGGGCGUACCAUGCCUCAGACGGCAAGAGAAGACUAUUUGGGUUUUUUGUAUGAUGAAAGUUCUUAUUGGACUUUUUCCCAGGACUUUUUGGGUUUUGUUUUCUAGCUAUAGGAAAUGUUGGGGAGGGGCCUGGUAGGUCCUCGGUGAAGCCCUCCCCCUCUCAGGCACACUGGGGAAGGGUGGGGAGGACUCACUGACUGCUGGGCUGAGGCCCUCCCUGGGCUGUCUGAUUUUGCCUCCAAAGGAGAGCAGUGUGAUACCUACGUGUGUAAGGAAGGGCCUUCCGUGUCAGGGUUCCGCCAAGGACCUGUGUUCAGGAACCCAUGCUCUUUAGGGCAGAAUUUUCCUCUCUUCUUCCCCUGAUGGUUGGAUUUGACUCUGAUGUCUUCCUCUCCCCUUUGCCCCUCUGAUCUCGCAGCCCUCUGCGGGUCCUGGUGAAUACACUGGGGUGCUCCUAUGCCCCAUCUUGUUUGAUGGGACAGAAUGCUGCCGACCCUUAGCUCCGGGCCAUGCCUGUGGAGGGUGGGUGCGUUGUGGCCACUUGCUGCAUAGUUUCUGGAAUAUGUUCCCUGAGACCUUCUACUACUUUCUCUCCCAAACCCUGUUUCUCUCACACUUCAAAAGGGAUUUCAUUGUGUAGGGCCACAAAGCUGUUUAGCGUGUAGACAGAGGGUACCCUGUCCACAGCGAAGGGGGCUGGGAAGAAUGAAGACUGGUCAAUGCCGUUGUUCUUUCUGGCUUCUUCCUGGCCAGAAGGCGACUGGCCUGGAACAGCAUACUCUUAGGAAACAAACAGUGGCUGGAGAGAUGGCUCAGCGGUUAAGAGCACUGGCUGCUCUUCCAGAGGACCUGGGUUCAAUUCCCAGCACCCGCAGGGCAGCUUACAACUGACUGUAGCUCCAGUUCCAGGGGACCUGAC